UCGGCGCUGUCACGCUCGGCCCCUUGGCAGCUUCGUCACUCCGCCGCCGGCAUCUAGUGUAACGUGAACGUAAUAAUAUAUAAACGAGAGGAUCCGGGCAAUGCUCGGUGUAGUCCUGCCACGUUCAAUUGGCCGGGCCAGUUGUAAUGUGCCGUGAGGAUAUUGUUAGCGUUGUUUUGCUGGCCAUCGCAUUGAAGCGCCGCGGAUUGAGGUUACGAGUGCCUUACCAUGCAAAAUGUAAAAUGUAAAAUGUAAAUUAGCGUGAGAGGUGGCAAACCGAUGUGUAUUAAUUAUUCGAAUUUUGCGUUAAGGCUCGACCGAUCGACGUUUAAUUGAUUUUGAAACUGUGCGUUCGAUAUUGGAGAUAUAAGCUUUUGUCUUGUCAAAGAUAGCCCUUAGUGUGACAUAACCUUCGAUUGCCAAAAAUAAAGUUACAUUCCUUCCGCUCGCGGAUUAUAGCGAAAUAAAAGUGAACGAAGGCUUGUAAUAUCGCGUUGGUAAUACCAUUUAAUUACCAUGACUUAUUUGUUUAUUGUGUCAACGCUAAGAUGUUUCGUUGAACUGCUUGUAUUAAUCGUCAUCAAAUUUGCAAGUGUGACGGCGUGGUAUUGCUCGGAGUCGAAGGAAGAUCAAGGAUUGCGAAAUGAUUUAUUGGAGCUAAAACGAGAGAUAAGUAGUAUAUCUAUGGUGGAUGAGUUUGCAAAGUAUGCGAAGCUGCAAAGAAAGUACAUUAAGCUUGAGGAUAAAGCUAAAGAGAGCUUAAAUAAUCGAUUGGCGUUAAGAUCAAAAUUGCGGUUAUAUUGGACAUAUGGAAUUCGUAUUUUAAAUGGUAUUUUUACAUCGAUUCUACUGGUCUUGUAUCGUAAAGAGCCUGUCGUUGUUUUUCCUAACGGUUAUUUGUGGCCCGUUGAAAAACUUCUAAGUUGGCCGACGUCUGUGGAUAAUUGUAUUUCUCUGCCUGUAUGGAUUGUUCUAAUGGAAAUGUCCAUUUUGCCUCACUUGAAAUUUAAUACAUCGUGAUUAAUAUGGAGAUUAAUUUCACCACAUUCAUGUAAAUCAAAGCAUAUUCAUAAAACAUUGUCAAUUUUCAAUUUUCGCAUUUGUCUGAAAUAUAAAA